AUGGAUAUCAAUACUUCUCUCAGCAGCGAAGGUGAUAGAGAUAAAGAUGCUGAUUAUUUACCUCCAAUCCCAGUGAUGAUGCGCCACCCCUAUAUUGUGGCCUCUGUGAAGCAAUAUCGCUCUGAAGCACAGAAUGAGCAACUACAACAUCAUAUCGUCUCUGAAUCCUUCAUCCCCAUGGCACCGAAUCUAAUCAAACCACCUAGGAAGAGACGACGACCGCCAUUCUCAUAUUCAUCACUGAUUGCACAAGCAAUACUAGAAAGCGAAAAUGAACGUAUGACUCUACGAGAUAUAUACACAUGGAUUACUGGUAGAUAUCCAGCCUUAUAUAACGCUGAAGAUACUGGUUGGCAGAAUACCAUUCGACACAAUCUUUCCCUAAAUCGAUGCUUCAAGAAAGUGCCCAAAUCUGAGCUAGUAGGUACCAACCAUCGAGGGAAAGGCGGUUAUUGGACUAUAGACCCUACGCAAAUGGAGAAAUUCAAAAAUGGAGCAUUUGCAAAAGGGUCUUCUAUAUCAAUGAGAAAGAAAGCAACUAAGACUUCCUCACCGACACCAAGCUUACCUGAUACCCCUGUGUCCAGUCUAACAAACAACACAGCAAAAGACAAUGACAAUAUAACCCACGCAUCAUCAGCAACAUCGCCAUCACAGCCGACAGUAGUAGUAGCAGCAGCAGUUGCGCAUAAUGAACCAUGCCCUGUCAUGCAAAUUCAUAAUUUAUUAAACUAG